UGUUAGCCUGGUUGCUAAUAAAGCCAGCUAAAAGGAGUACUGCCUCGGUGCUUAUUCUACUUGCUACCACCUUUACACAUAACAAUUGGCGACGAUAGAUGGAGGGCUCUGCUAAUUCAUGCUCUCGGCACAGAAGGACAACGUUUGUCCUACACCUUACUGGACACUGGCACUACGUAUGCUGAAGCCAUGGCGGCUUUGGAAGGUCAGUUUGUACCAAAAGUUAAUACUGUCAUGGCUCGCCAUCAGUUCAGACAGAGGGCUCAACGCGCUGAUGAGACGGUGCCUCAGUAUAUUGCAGCGCUGAGGGAAUUAGCGGCUACGUGUGCUUAUGCUAACAUGGAAGAAGAGAUGCUGAGGGAUCAGCUUGUUGAAAAGGCUUGUGCACCAGCAGUACGAGAGAAACUUUUACUGGAAAAGUCAUUGACUCUGGACUCUGCCAUUACACUUGCAAGUCAGGUUGAACAAGCUCUGCAAUCUUCCAGUGUGCUAACCGGUGCUGCUGCAUUCUCCACGUCAUCGGAGAGGAGAAAAACACCGCUCUGACGCUAUUGGCGGCUGCUGGUCUUUCAAGGAGGGGAAGCUCAUUUUCGGCCUACAUCAUAAAAUGUGUCCGUUUAUUUAUACGUAAAUUCUACCCUCCGUUCCUUUUCAAGAAAAUGAUCUGUGACCCUGUCGUACCAACUAGGCGUCUUUUCCAGGGACUUGACCAGUGUCCUCUCAAUGGCCAGCAGAGCUCGGCUGCUUAGAUGGUUUCAUCAAGAGGCAUCAAAUCAAACUUUGCCACGAUCCCCUUCAGUCAUUCAUGUUGUUGCUGCCAAACUUUAACUCUGUUCUCCUCUCUGCUCCUGUCAGCUGUUAUUUUAGGUGGAGUCGUCACACCCUCCUCCACCCCAUUCACCUCAAGUCACCUUAUCCAGAGCUCAGGACAAGCUCAUCAAAAGCCCGCUCCUCUUCAUAUCCAGUCCAGUCCAGUCCAGUCCAGUCCAAUUUAUUUAUAUUGCACUUUUCAAAAACACAAAGUUGCCAAAGUGCUGCACAAAACUACACAUAAGCAUAUACAGAAAUAUAUAGAAAUCCACAUAAGAAUAUACUGAAUAUCCACGUAGGACUAUACAGAAAUACACAUACGAAAUAUACAGGUCAUAGAUACAGAAGCGAUACAGACAGUACAGCGCCAGCUCAAGGGAUAAAAGACACAGAGACAGGUUGGUCUACUCGUCAACCAGAAUCAAAAGCCAAGGAAAACAAGUGGGUCUUGAGGCGGGACUUAAAAGAUUCUACAGUGGGGGCCAUUUUGACAUGGGCAGGCAGGACAUUUCAUAGCCUAGGGGCAGCUACUGAGAAGGUGCGGUCACCUCUUGUUUUCAAGUGGCUUUUUGGGACCACAAGCCGCAGCUUUAUGUGUCAUGGAAGUGUAGUAAUACAGUGUUUUCCUUUGGAGUAAAAGGAGAAGUACACAUUGCUGUUCUUGGUCAUGGAUGAUUUUGUUCGGAACAAAUUAACUGAAUGGGGUCUCAGUGAGUGGAUAGAAACAUUUCGAGAUGAAGGCAUUGACACGGAAAGUCUUUACUGUCUUGGUGAUGAAGAAAUCGCUGCCUUGAUCCCAAAACAGGGACCCAAGGCAAAAUUCAAGAAGAGACUAGAGUUGUUAAAGGGGGAACAAAACACAACAAAUCCAGAAACAGUUGUUUCUCCUGCUCAAGUUCGUCCAUCCACCAGUGCUUCAAGUGAUAAAGAAAAGAGAAAGUUGGAUUUUCAGGGCGAGUCCAGCAAAUGGCAAUCAUCGACCAAGAAACAACGAUGUGAACCUAGACCGCGGUCAUACUCAGAAAUCACUGACUUGAUCCCAAAACUGGGACCUGGGGCAAAAUUCAAGAAGAGACUAGAGUUGUUAAAGAAGAAACAAAACACAACAAAUCCAAAAACAGUUGAUUCUCCUGCUCAAGUUUGUCCAUCCACCAGUGCUUCAAGUGAUAAAGUGAAGAGAAAGUUGGAUCUUCAGGGCAAGUCCAGCAAAUGGCAAUCACCAACCAGAAAACAACAAUGUGAACCUAGACCAGGGUCAUACUCAGAAGGCUUUAUACUGUCUGAUGUGAAAACCAUCAUGAGAUAUGUCCAAAAAAGGCUACCAGACCAAGACAACAAACUCAAUCAGUUCCUCAAGAAGAAAAUUAAGGAUUUGAAGAUCGACAAGAGGGAGCUGGUCGGUGUCUUUGGUAAAACUGGGGCUGGAAAGAGCUCUCUGAUAAAUGCUGUCAUUGGAGAGAAGAAUCUCUUGCCUUAUGGGAGGGUCAAAGCAUGUACCACAGUCAUGAUUAAAGUGGAGGCUAACAUGCUACACCAAAGAUAUGAGGCAGACAUAGAGUUCAUUACAAAAGAGGAGUGGAAAGAUGAGUUGUGGUCUUUGUUAAAUUUCCUUGGGGAUAACGCCAAUCGAGAAGAUGAUCAGGAAGAUGACGAGGAUCAUGACACUGCUGACAAGCUGUCAGCGCUGUAUGGAGAAGAAUGGAAAGACAAAUCCCUUGAAAACCUCAUAGAUAACAAGUAUUUUAAAGAAGUUCCAGAAUUUCUCCAAUCCAAGAGAAAGCUUUUGACUUCUGAAUCAGCUAAAGAGCUAUCUGCAAAAUUAGUCAAAUACACAAGGAGUGAAUCAAACAAUGGAGAAGGAAAAGAAGUAAAGAAGUGGUAUUGGCCACUGGUGAAGUGUGUGACUGUGAGGGUCCCUAACAAUGAUCUUCUCCAGCAUGUCACACUUGUUGAUCUUCCUGGAAAUGGGGACCGCAACAAGAGCAGAGACCAGAUGUGGAAAGGGGUUGUUGGAAGUUGCUCUACAGUCUGGAUUGUGACUGAAAUUAAUCGAGCAGCAACAGAGCGUGAAGCCUGGGACAUCCUGAAAAGUGCCAGUAGCCUCAUCGGAAAUGGUGGCGAGUGUCAGCGCAUCCACUUCAUCUGCACCAAGUCUGAUGAUAUUGGAGAUACGGAUGAUCGUUCAAGAGAUGCUGUUCGUGCUCUCAUAUUUAAAAACAACAAGCAAGCCAAGGAAGAAGUGAACAAAGAAUUCAGAAAACUCAAGGAGGUUAAGAAACAUUUCAGUUAUGAAAGUUUCAAAGUCUUCACAGUGAGCUCCAAAGAGUUUCUGAAGCAAAAACGUCUGACGCCAGAGGAAACUGAAAUACCCAGACUUCAGGAAUUUCUGCAAGAGCUCAAUGACUGUCACUCAGAGACAUUAAACUAUGUGUCAGGAGCUCAUGGGAUCCUCUCUCUGAUUCAAGGGGCCAGAAGUAGAGCAGGGGCCGACAAAAACACAGAUGUGUGCAGAGAGCUGAAAGAAAAGAUGAAGCAGGAACUUAAAAAAAUUAGACAGCCCAUGCAGAAGACUUAUGACACCUUUGAAAGAUGCCUCAUUGAGGGGGUUGAAAAAUCCAAAAGUUCCUGGGAAACACUCUUGAAGUCGGUCUUAUAUCCUCCUAGAAUGAAGGGCAGCGCUUUUCACGGGAUACUGAAGUGCGUAGUUCAGAAUGGCGGCACUCACCAAACAAAGAAAAAAAAACUAAUAAACCUCAAUAUGAAGUUAACUUCAUGCCUGACUGACAGCAUUGAUGAGGAAUUCAAGAAGACCUUCCCAAAUGAAGCAAAAUGUGGACCAUUCAACGGGAUCAUCAACUCAUUUUCACUUGAAACAGAGAGGCUGAUGAGAGAGAGGCAAGAGUACAAAGAUGUCGAACUGCAACUGAUAUUUCUCAAGACAGAGGAAGAAAAAAUGAAGACAAAACUCAACAAAAUCAUCCGGAAGCAAAAGAAAAUGAUCUACAAGAGUCUGAUGGAGACAAUUGAGGAAAACAUGAAAGAAUGCUACAGAGAAGCAGCAGAAAUUAGCGGAGAAGGCUCACUGAAAAAAAUGAGGAGCACUAUUGAGAACCAUGUACGAGAUUCAAAGGACAUCAUGUUUCAGAGGGCUAAAAAUGUUAUGUUGGAGCAGCUGGAAAACUUGAUGGUGCUGAUCCUGAGGGAACUGAUGCAAACAAUGCAGGAAUCAAUCGAGCUGUCACUCAAUACAGAUGGUGACUCAAUCCCAGACGUUUCAGAUGAGCUCCAGAUGGUGAAGAACCACUAUGAUGAACUGAAGGAAAGCUCAAUUGAAGCACCACCAUAUNUUGUCUCUCUGGUGGACGUUUCAGGUUUGCUCAGUGGAGAGAAUCAGCAGAUGCCUGAUCACCCACUGAAGGUCCCUGUGGGCACACUGAUCCCUCAGAGACAUGACACCUCUGGAUUUGAUGACGAAAAAGAAAAAGAAACCAAAUAG